AUGAGAAUGAAAUCAAUGCUGAGACUUGGCCGCCCGGCCACAUCGGUACUGCGCUGCAUUGAAACGCAAUCCCAAUGUCGAACCUCGAUUCUACAAAGUGUACCUGCCGUAAGGUCGUUCCACAGUUCCACGAGGACUUUCGACAAGCAAGAAGAGGCGUCAAGAUCAUUCCGCGGACAACUGUACGAAAGCACCUCAGACAGAUUGAAGCGCGAGAGACAAGAGCAAGCACAAUAUAUAAAAGCGUCUAGUGAACGCAAGGGAGAGCCGAGAACAUUGGCUUUGAGUGUUGUCAUUUUGUCUGUUGCCGGAGGCGCAUACUGGCUGGGUUCGAGAGGCGAAAAGACCCUAGACACCACCUCAACCACACCUCUCGCUCGAGCACAACCUCCUCAACUCGAUACACGAGACUCGGUCCUACAAGCCGCUUGGGUAGACUUUGCUCAGAUUGUCGGAAAAGAGAAUGUAUCAACGAUACCGGAUGAUUUGGUCGCGCAUUCUGGGUCAGAAUGGUCGUCCUAUACCACGAAGCCGAACGAGAAACCUUUCGCGAUCGUGUACCCUGCUACCACCGAAGAGGUUUCUGAAAUCAUGAAAGUCUGCCAUAGACGACACAUCCCCGUUACUGCGUUAUCCGGAGGCACAAGUCUGGAAGGACAUUUUGCGCCUACACGAGGGGGCAUUUGUAUAGACAUGAGUCGAAUGGACAAAAUCCUACAAUUUCAUCCCAAGGAUCUAGAUAUCGUUGUACAGCCAGCUCUCGGUUGGGAAGAUCUCAACGAAUACCUUGGUGAUUCCGGAAUGUUCUUCCCCCCUGACCCUGGUCCAGGUGCCAAAAUUGGAGGCAUGGUGGGAACCGGCUGUUCGGGCACAAACGCGUAUAGAUAUGGUACCAUGCGGGAGUGGGUGGUCUCACUGACGGUGGUCCUCGCCGAUGGAACAAUCAUCAAGACAAGACGUCGACCUCGGAAGUCCAGUGCUGGCUACAAUUUGACCCAGAUGUUCAUCGGCAGCGAAGGUACGCUGGGUAUUGUCACGGAAGCUACUUUGAAGGUCACUGUUCUACCUAAAAGUCAAUCUGUUGCCGUCGCCACCUUUCCAACAAUCCAUGCUGCAGCUGAGUGUGUUGCGAAAGUCGUUGGCGAAGGUAUACUCCUCGCUGGAAUGGAAAUCCUAGACGAUGUCCAGAUGAGAUGUAUCAACCAGAGCGGCAUGACAUCAAGGAAGUGGCAGGAAGCCCCUACCCUAUUCUUCAAAUUUGCCGGUACUCCGGAUGGUGUCAAGGAACAGAUCAAUAUCGUGCGAAAUCUAGCCAAGGGCACCAAGAACAAGAGCUUUGAAUUUGCAAAGAACGACGAUGAAGCUGCAGAACUCUGGAGUGCCCGUAAGGAAGCGCUUUGGAGUGUCAUGGCCAUCAAACAAAAUCCUAAUGAUCACGUCUGGACUACUGACGUGGCUGUACCUAUAAGCAGACUCGCGGAUAUCAUUCAACAAACCCACGACGACGUCGCAAGCAGUGGCUUGAUCGGAGGUAUCUGCGGGCAUGUUGGUGAUGGAAACUUCCACACUAUCUUACUAUACAGCGACUCGGAGAAGCAGGUGGCUUCAGACGUUGUGCACCGUAUGAUCCAGCGAGCAAUUGAAAUGGAUGGCACAGUCACUGGAGAGCACGGUGUUGGCUUGAAGAAGCGAGAAUACAUCCGUGAAGAACUUGGUGAGGACACGGUCGAUGCCAUGCGCAAGCUCAAACAAGCAUAUGAUCCUCUAGGAAUUUUGAAUUGUGACAAGAUUGUGCAAUUGGAGGUUGGCCAUUGA